ACCAACACUCAGUAGUAAGGUGUAGCAAGGGAACCAACACUCAGUAGUAAGGUGUAGCAAGGAAACCAACACUCAUUAGUAAGGUGUAGCAAGGGAACCAAUACUCAGUGGUAAGGUAUAGAAAGGGAACCAAUACUCAGUGGUAAGGUGUAGCAAGGGAACCAACACUCAGUGAUCUGCGAGAUGAGCGUUCACAGCUAGAGAGAGAGCUGUUGUCCAGCAUGAAGUCUCAGAUGUCUCCUGAACUGAAGAAACCUGCAUUUAGCUCUCCCAAUGUCAAAGGAAAUCUGGCUGUAAGUAGAAAAUCCAGUGGCCAAUUAAAGCCGCAAGCACCAAGCACAGGGAAAUUAGCCCCAGUGAAAGCUGGACCAAUGAAGGCAUUUAACUCCCUUGAAUCUCAAGCCAGGGUUGCUUCCCCUCCUAAUGGACCAAUAAAACAGCAGAAUUCUGGCAUGGGCAGUGAUUCACUGACAAGGACUCCAGAAUCAUUCAAAGACAUUCCAAUUAGAACCCAUGCAGCUGCAACACCUAAAAUGCCUCCAAGCCUAAAAUCUGAAACAACCCAUAACUCUGAACAUUCCCACGCAGUGAACAAUAAUAAACAUGUGGAAAACAAUACAGGUUACCGUGAGCAUGGUGCACAGCAUGUGUCUAGUAGGCCAGGUUCAGAUUCUUCUAGCAGACGUCACGGAGAUUUCAUGCGUAGCGAUGGUAGACAUGGAUUAAAAUCAAUGACUCAGCCAACCCUUGAAGCUGUUGUGACCUUGAAGAAAGGUCAUGGUGGGGAUGGUACAGAUAUUCACAUGAUUCCGUCCCCACCCCCUUCCUCUAAGCCUGAUACCCCACCCAGACCUAGCUCAGCACAGCGCUUCAGACGUAUGGUCUUGAAUUGCAGGGAUUCAGACCCUUGAACUAUCCGGUCCAUUUAAAGCUAUGGGUGUUGAUUCUUGUAUCAUAAAGCGUCAUUCAAGAUAAGCUAUUGUGGAUUGCAUCAGAGAUAACACUUUUUGCUUUUCUUGUAUUUUUUUAUGCCCCAAAAGAAGGGCAUAUAGUGAUCGCACUGUCGGUCCUUCCAUCUGUCUGUCAGUCUGUCACACUUUGCAUUUAGGUUUUGAAAAAUGCUAAUAACUUCUAUGUCGAUUCAGAUGUUACAUUCAUAUUUGGUAUGCAUGUGUAUGUGGACAAGGCCUUUCCACACGCACACAAGUUUUGACCCCCUUGACAUUGAACUAAGGGUCCGUGUUUAGCUUUCAAAAAUAAGUGUUUAGGUUUCGAAAAAUGCUCAUAACUUGUAUCAAAGCGUUUAUCGGGGGUAUAUGUCAUCCUAUGGAGACAGCUCUUGUUAAUCGGGGGCAUAUGUCAUCCUAUGGAGACAGCUCUUGUUUAUAGGGGGCAUAUGUCAUCCUAUGGAGACAGCUCUUGUUUAUCGGGGGCAUAUGUCAUCCUAUGGAGACAGCUCUUGUUUAUCAGGGGCAUAUGUCAUCCUAUGGAGACAGCUCUUGUUUAUCAGGGGCAUAUGUCAUCCUAUGGAGACAGCUCU